AUGGUUCACAUUAAGAAAAGUUUAUUAGCAUUCUCAGCCAUAAUUGCAUUGAGUUCUGCUACAGCUACAUCUAGUACAUGCAAUCCGCUUUCAUCGUCAAAUUGUCCUUCUGACAAGGCAUUGGCGACUGAUCUUUCAGAAGAUUUUUCAAGUAAUUCAACACAAUUCGAAGUUACAUCCGCUGAAUCUGGUGUGUCGUUUGGUGAUGACGGAUUGACAUUAACUAUUGCAAAAAGAUUAGAUAAUCCAGCCGUGAAAUCAAAAUUCUAUAUUAUGUUUGGAAGAGUCGAAGUUCACAUGAAGGCUGCUAAUGGUACUGGUAUUGUUUCAGAUUUCUAUCUUCAAUCUGAUGACUUGGAUGAAAUUGAUAUUGAAUUCUUAGGAGGUGAUGAUACCCAAUUCCAGUCAAAUUACUUCUCGAAGGGUGACACUACCACGUAUGAUAGAGGUGAAUACCACACAGUUCUGGGAGAUUCUCCUCAAACAGGUUUUCAUAAUUAUACCAUUGACUGGACCGAAGAAGAAUGCGUAUGGUAUUUAGAUGGUGAUGCUGUGAGAACUUUGAAGAAUUCAUCAUCUGAAGGUUAUCCACAAACUCCAAUGUAUCUUAUGACUGGUGCCUGGGCUGGUGGCGAUUCAUCCAAUGCAGCUGGUACUAUUGAAUGGGCUGGAGGUAAGACUGAUUAUUCUGAAGCACCUUUCUCAAUGACAAUUAAGAAAUUAAUUGUCAGUGAUUAUUCGACUGGUAAAGAAUAUUCCUACGGUGAUCAAUCGGGUGAUUGGACAUCAAUUAAAGCUAAAGAUGGUGAAAUUAAUGGUAGAAUUGAUAAGGCUAAUAUUGAAGGCGGUGAUGAUUCAUCUUCCUCAAGCACCGAAUCGUCGAGCUCUGCUUCAUCUACUUCAGCAUCCGAUUCGACUUCUAGUUCUGAUUCAAAAGCAUCAAAAACAGACUCUUCAUCUGACUCGUCGACUACAUCUGACAAGGGAACAAACAGUUCAGAAGCAGCAUCGACUUCACUUGAAGCAGAAGCUACAACAGUCUCUUCCUCUACUACUUCUGACUCCGCCAAGAAGGCCAGCGCAUCUAGCUCAGCUACUGCUUCUGUAAGUGAAAAAUCUUCAAACAAUUCAGCUUCUGGUUUCACAAUUAGUUCAAUGAUGAUUGGCGCUUCAAUCUUAAUGUCUAUUCUUGUUUAA